AAUGAAACCUGUCUCACGAGAACAUAAAGAGUGACUACUUACAUAUAUCAUGAGUCAUCAUCGUCAGACUAAGAUGAGACCUUAGAGUGUAAGAUGCUGAGGUGAAAGCAAUUACCAACUUUAUCAUUCAUGGUGUAAGAGCCAUUGUCCUCUAAAUUGAAGCUAAGGCAGUGAUAAGUACAAACAAUGAAGAACUACUUAAAAUCGAUGUCGAGUAUAAAGCUGUUGGUGCUGAUAUCCCUGUGGGUGGCGCCACUGGUGCCGCAGCCGACAGCGCCAAUACAGCUGAGCGGUGGCUUAGCGCGAGGCACCGUGGCUCCCGACGGCACGUACCUGCAGUACUUUGGAAUUCCAUACGCCACAGUCACACAUAGGUUUCGAGAAGCAGAGCCGAACCCAAAAUGGGAGGGAGAGUUCGACGCCCACAACGAGCACAUCAGGUGCAACCAGCGCUUCUUCAACCGCAUCAUGGGUGUCGAGGACUGCCUCACUGUGAACGUGUACACUCCGAUGGAGACCAGCGGCCAUAGUCUGCCUGUCAUGGUUUUCAUACAUGGAGGAGGAUUCAGAGAUGGCUCGGGCUCACCCUUCAUUUAUGGUCCAAAGUUCUUAGUCAAACAUGGAGUUAUCUUAGUCACAGUCAACUACAGAGUAGAAGUACUGGGGUUCCUUUGCCUCGGCAUCGAAGAAGCUCCCGGUAAUGUUGGGUUGAAAGAUCAAGUCCAAGCGCUGCAAUGGGUAAAGAGAAACAUUCGAGCAUUCGGAGGAGACCCCGACAACGUCACCAUAUUUGGAGAAAGUGCAGGAGCUGCUUCAGUUUCAUACCAUUUACUAUCUCCAAUGUCUAAAGGAUUGUUUAACAAAGCUAUUAUGCAAAGUGGGUCCAGUUUGUCACCAUGGGCGUUGCAAUUUGAGCCGCUGGAGACGGCAAGUCAGCUGGCACGAGAAAUGGGCGUCACGACGCGAGACCCUCUAGAAAUCUACAAGCUAUUUACAAAUAUGACAGCUGAGGAUCUGUUAUCAUACAGAGUUCCACGACAAACAGGUGACAUUGUUCAGUCACAGAAUAUCUUCGUGCCGUGCAUUGAAAAGAAGAUCCACAGAGUCAAACAAUUCCUGCCCGACAGUCCCUACAACCUGAUCACGCGAGGUAAAUACAACAAGGUGCCUGUCAUUAUUGGCUUCAACAACGCUGAGGGUUUGUACUUUGCUGGCAAAGAAAACGAAACUACUUUAGCGAACUUAGACUUGUUUAAAGCUUUACCACGAGAUUUGAAGUUUCCUUCUGACAAAGAGAAAAUGGAAACGGCGGAGAAAGUGCGUCAGCUAUACAUGGGAGAUGAUAAAUUUACAACAGACCUUCCAUCAUUAGAAAAGUUAGCUCGAUUUGAAGGUGAUGUGGGUAUUACAUACCCAGUAGUGGCCACCAUAGACCUUCUACUGCGGACGCUGGACAAGGCUGUGUACGCCUACAAGUUCAGCUAUGAUGGGUUAUUGAACUUCUCCAAGUUAGCGUUUGGGUUCCGGAAUACACCGGGAGCUACGCACGCUGACGAGAUAUUCUAUCUGUUCAGUUCCUUAACUCUAAAUGGUCAUCUAGAAAAAGACUUUAUUGAAAAAUUCACAACAUUGUGGAGCAACUUUGCCAAAUAUGGUGACCCGACACCGUCAUCAUCAUCAAUCUUGCCGAGAUGGGAGCCAGCAGAGGCGCAGCGUCCCCAAGUGUACGUGAUAGACAAGGAGAGCUCCGUAGCACCAGUGUGGGAUGACGAGGGUCUUCUGUUCUGGAACCAAACAUACUCCAUGUACAGGAGGACACACUAACUAGAGAUAUUUAAUUCAGACAAGCACAUCAAGCUACCCUCCGAACUCUUAAUAGGUUUUUUUUUGUAUUGCUA